AUGUCUCAUCCGCAGUCCCUAUUCCAGCAGUCCUCUUUCCAUGGCAAGUCCAUGCUAUCGGUGCGAAGAGACACAAUCGCAACGACAACUAUCCACACUCAGCUUGAACAAUUGCGCAGUACUGGGCGCUAUGACUGCUUUAAGCUGGAAUGGCAUUCCAUAUACGCCGACAAGUCUAUGUGGCCUGUCCCCUUCCACUUGUUCUGGGACAGUGAUAUCGCCAAGUGGAUCGAGGGCGCCUGUUACCUCUUGCAAGAGACUUACGAUGAGAAAAUUGACCUUGCAAUUCGAGAGCUGGUCGCAAUGAUUCGUAGCGCUCAGGGCGAGGAUGGCUAUCUGAAUGUACACUACACCGUGGUUGAGCCUGAUAAGCGAUGGUCGAACCUGCGAGAUAUGCAUGAGCUAUACAACGCGGGUCACCUAAUUGAGGCUGCUCUAGCUCAUAGGGCUCACUAUAAUAAUGACUUGCUACUCGAGCCAAUUGUUAAAUAUGUUGCUCUAAUCAACAAGACGUUUGGACCUGGACAGGACCAGCGACAUGGCUAUCCCGGCCACCCUGAGAUCGAGCUUGCUCUACUGCGUCUCUAUUCUGCAACCAGGAGUGAAGAUGCGUAUAAUCUGGCUAAAUACUUCCUAGAAGAGAGAGGGAACCCAAACGGACAAGAUGGACAGCAUUACUACGACUGGGAGGAGAAGCAACGAGGAGACUCGGAGUGGUUGCGACCUGAUCCAUACCCCGAGCGGCACUCGUACUGGUACGCCCAAGCGCAUGCGCCGAUAUUGGAGCAAUCAUCAGUCGAGGGCCACUCCGUCAGGGCCAUGUAUCUAUUGGCCGCCGCUGCCGAUAUGGUGUGCCUCCACAAACAGGGCAGCCAAAAUCUGCCGGCGGCCAGUGAAUGGACGGCAGCUCUGAACCGUCUGUGGGACAACAUGGUUGACAAGAAGAUGUACGUCACGGGCGGGAUCGGGGCCAUGAAGCAAUGGGAAGGCUUCGGAAUCGACUACUUCCUGCCGCAGGGUACCGACGACGGCGGCUGCUACUCCGAGACCUGUGCGUCGAUUGCAGUAAUGAUGCUCGCCGAACGGAUGCUGCACAUUGACCUCGACAGCCGCUAUGCGGACAUCAUGGAGUUGUCUCUGUACAACAACGUCAUGACGGCGAUGAGUCUAGACGGCAAGGCGUUCACAUAUGUAAACCAGCUGGCUAGCUCCGAUCAAGACAAAAACGCUCGCGAGGACUGGUUCUGGUGCGCGUGCUGCCCGCCUAAUCUUGCGAGGCUAUUCGGCAGUCUCGGGGGAUACCUGUGGGAUUACGGAGGUUCUGGGAAUGACGCAUUUGUCACUGUUCACCUUUAUACUACCGCCAAGGUGACGUUUGACCUGGAUGGAAAGAGCAUCACCCUCGAGCAGAAGUCAAACUGGCCCUGGGACGGGGUUAUUUCGUUCCAACUCGAGGCUCCGGCAUUCGUCCGAACAACAAUCCGACUUCGCUUACCGGCUUGGUGCCAAGGACAGUACGAGAUUACACCAGCACCGUCGGUAGAGCAAGUUCAAAUCUUCAAGGGCUAUCUUACCCUGGACUCGGCGUAUGGCAAUGCGAACCCUUCAUUCAAGCUUCAGAUCAAGAACUUCGGACCGCGAUACUUAGCGCCCCACCCGUACACUAACCAGAACACUUUGGCUCUUGCAAGAGGACCUAUUAUUUACUGUGCUGAAGACGCAGAUAACGCCUGGGAGAAGAAUCACUUCAAAGAUGUGGUGAUCCGUGCUGGAAGCGCUGUCGAGGAGGAAAGGCGGACUUUUGAGGAGACGGGAGAGGAGUACUUGGCCUUGAGAACGACCUGCUCGGUACGGUCGAUGAAAAACUGGAACGAGAAACCAGUGGGCGAGGAGCCAGGAACAAGCCAGCUGGAUGAUUCAAUCUUAGAGAUCGGAGAGCAAAGGGACAUUGUGCUUGUACCUUACUACUUCAGGGCGAACCGAGGCGGCCGUGGGCAUAUGCGUGUCGGCCUGCUGAAAGGUUGA